AUUUUAAUGUAAACAUUAUUUAUCUGAAAAAUCAAUUAACAUUUUUCUUGUACGGUUAUUUAUGAGUUUUUACGUAGAUUGUUAGUUAGGUGUCUAGUUUAUUAAUUAUACAUUCAUUCCAUAGAAGUGUAGCUAUGAAGAGAGUCAAUGCUCAGCAACCAGCUUUACACAAAGUUAUAAUGGUUGGUAGUGGUGGUGUUGGUAAAUCAGCACUUACACUUCAAUUCAUGUAUGAUGAGUUUGUUGAAGAUUAUGAGCCAACCAAAGCAGACUCCUAUAGAAAGAAAGUUGUAUUAGAUGGUGAAGAAGUUCAAAUUGACAUUUUAGAUACAGCUGGUCAAGAAGACUAUGCAGCUAUCCGUGAUAAUUAUUUUCGAAGUGGAGAAGGCUUUUUAUGUGUAUUUUCUAUUACAGAAGAUGAUAGUUUUCAAGCAACAAUGGAAUUUAGAGAGCAAAUUUUACGAGUAAAAAAUGAUGAAAAUAUUCCAUUUUUGCUGGUGGGAAACAAAGGAGAUUUGACAGACAAACGAAAAGUUUUACUACAAGAUGCACAAGCUAGAGCUGAAGAAUGGAAAGUGCCAUAUGUAGAAACAUCUGCAAAAACGAGAGAUAAUGUUGAUAAAGUAUUUUUUGACUUAAUGCGUGAAAUUCGUGCACGUAAGAAAGAUGAUGUCAAAGGAGCAAAUGGACGAGGAAAAGAUAAGAGCAGACGAAAGAAGUUGAAAUGCACAUUAAUUUAAUGUACUUUAUACACACCUACAAAAAUAAAAAGGAUUAUCAAAUUAUUAUUUAUUAUUAUUUUAAUUAAUAUAGUUUUCUUUUUUAUUCUAUUCA